AUGUCGUCGGACUCAAGCUCUAGUUCGUCCGACUCUUCAUCAAGUUCAAGUUCGUCAAGUUCAUCUUCUUCAAGAAAAGACAGAGAUUACUCGGUGAAAUUUAAAUUCAACGAUACCAAGUCGACAGGUUUGUCAAGAUGGAUAGUUUCAGGUUUAGGAGAAGCUAAAGCUAAGUCAGCAAGAGAGAUUUUCAAGCCUAAGAUUAAGAAAAAUUCAAGCUUGUUAACUAACCCGUCGUUAGACGAAGCGUUUUAUAUUCGUCUAAAGAGUGUAAUGAAUUCAGCCGCAGCCAAGAACAACAUCGACCCACUAGAAAAAGUGUAUCGAAACCAGACUUACAAACUAAUCGAUGCAGUAAAACCUCUUAUGUUUUUAGCAAGCCGCAUAGGAAGGAAGAAGAAGUCAAGAAAAAUUACGCUCGCGGUUCGUGCAGCUCUUAAAUUGUGGGCAGUUCUCUACAACGUCACUACAGCCAGGCGCCGCAACAUUUUGUCGCAGAUAUAUCCUCAAAACAUCGGGCUUUUGGACAACAAAGGUAUCUUGCCAGUGGGCGGCGAACUUCUUUUCGGUCCUAAAUUUGUGGAUGUUCUGGUGGACCAAGUCAACACCCUCAACAAACUCAACCAAGCGGGGAAAUCAGCAGCUCCACCACCCAACCAACCGAGACCAUCUACAUCUUCCGGAAGUAACGCUCAGAAUCGGAAUGUGCAAACUAGACUCGCUUUUUCCGAUUCUUUUGGAGGCCGUAUUGCGCGAUUCGCACAUGAAUGGUCUCAACUGACGCAAGACCCUUGUAUCCUAGCGACAGUGUGUAGAGGUUUUGAAUUGAAGUUUUUAUCGGACCCGUAA